UCCCCUCUCUUUUUUGCGCUCUCUCUUCAACAUCACCAGCCUCGCUGCAGACUGUGUCCUGCGAGAACUGGCACCAAACUGAAGCAUCCAUGGAGUGCUCCGUCCUCUCGCAACAUCCACAACGCACAACAACACUUCGGUCCGAAGUAAUAUAGAAGACAACAUCGCAACCGACGCAGGAUAGAACAACAUUUUCUUUCGCCCAUCUCUUUCGUUGUGUAACUUUCCGAAACCCCCUUUCUUCCGGCUUCCCUCCACGUUCACUUUCCGGUACCCCAGAAGCCUUGUCGCCGUAAAAACGUAUCCAUGGAUGGGAUGGCUGUUGGCAUGAUGCCCGGGACCGUCCGGGUGCGGUGUGGGCCGCUUCAAGUGAUGCUGAACCAGCAGAAAACCAAAGCUCGGCGGAAAAAGCGAAAGGAUUUGCUCGGUGUGCAGAUGUGCUUCAUUGGGGUGCUGCUCGUGCUUGUAAUGGGGCUCUCGUGUUUGGCGGAGAAAGCAGGAUAUGACCUCUCAAGCAUUACUACUGAGGAGGGUGCCGGGUGGGCGACUCGAAGGCUACUACAGGAAUCCUGGGACAACGAGACAGACCCUCUGUUGGGCCCCCCGUCCAAAAACUGCACUGAGCCAGCACUACAUGAGUUCCCCACAGACCUGUUCACCAACAAGGAGCGCACUGAGGGAGCGGUGGCCUUACAUGUCCUAUUUGCAAUGUACAUGUUCUAUGCACUGGCCCUAGUGUGUGAUGACUACUUUGUUCCGUCUCUGGAGAAGAUAUGCGAGCGUCUUCAUCUUAGUGAGGAUGUGGCAGGUGCAACCUUCAUGGCGGCCGGCAGCUCAGCUCCUGAACUCUUCACCUCUGUCAUCGGUGUGUUUAUCACUAAAGGGGAUGUGGGGGUGGGCACGAUUGUGGGCUCCGCCGUCUUCAAUAUCCUCUGCAUUAUCGGAGUGUGUGGAAUAUUUGCUGGCCAGGCGGUGCAUCUGUCUCGUUGGUCUCUUCUGAGAGACUCCGUGUACUACACCCUGUCCAUCGCUGCUCUCAUAGUGUUCAUAUAUGAUGAAAAGGUUUCGUGGUGGGAGUCUCUGACACUGGUUCUGAUGUAUUUCGGCUACAUUUUGAUAAUGAAGUUUAACUCGAACAUUGUGCGCUUCCUGGAGAGGCGGAAGAAGAACUCGUCCAGCCUGGGGAACGGCACAGCCAGUAACGCCGACCUGGAUGACAACUGUGAUGCCAGCUCUGUCCUGCUGAAGAAAGCUAACUUACACAGAAAGCAGUCAGUGUUGAUGGUAGAUGAGUUGCUAUCAGCCUACCCCCACCAGCUGUCCUUCUCUGAUGCCGGCAUGAGGAUCAUGAUCACCAGCCACUUCUCCCCUCGCACCCGCCUCACCAUGGCCUCACGCAUGCUCAUCACUGAGAGACAGCGUCUGAUUAGCACACGGCCGUUCACGAACGGAGACUCGGAGGUCACGGUGAAAGUCGGCGGUAGGCGGGGCCUGGAGAAUGGACUGGGCGGGCCCGAAAGGGGCGUCAAUGGUCGCCGUGGUCACCAUGGAGAGGACGACAGGGGAGGGGUGGAGUCUGGCAACGAGACGGAAAACGAGAACGAAGACAAUGAGAAUAAUGAGAAUGAUGACGAAGAGGAGGAGGAGGAAGAAGGGGAGGGACCUUUCGUACCCUUUCAUGCCCCAGCUGGGUGCUGUAAUAAGAUCAAGUGGCUGUUGGCCUGGCCUCUGUGCCUGCUCUUGUUCUUCACGGUGCCUAACUGUGCCACCCCUCGCUGGGAGAGAUGGUUCAUGGUCUCCUUCGUCAACUCCACCCUCUGGAUUGCUGGCUUUUCCUAUGUCAUGGUCUGGAUGGUGACAGUGAUCGGGUUUACUCUGGGUAUCCCUGAUGUUAUCAUGGGAAUCACCUUCCUGGCAGCUGGCACCAGCGUCCCUGAUUGCAUGGCCAGUCUUAUAGUGGCACGGCAAGGUCUCGGGGACAUGGCUGUGUCUAACUCUAUAGGCAGUAAUGUGUUUGAUAUCCUUAUUGGACUGGGACUACCCUGGGCCCUGCAGACCCUAGCCAUCAACUACGGCUCCUACAUUCAACUGAACAGCAAAGGGCUCAUCUUCUCUGUGGGACUUCUGUUGGGGUCUGUGUUCCUCACGGUCCUGGGGGUACAUCUGAACGGGUGGAAACUGGACCGUCGUCUGGGCCUGGUGUGUCUGUUCAUGUACUCCAUCUUUCUCUGCUUCUCCAUCCUCAUAGAGUACAACAUCUUCACUUUCGUCAACCUGCCCACCUGCAGAGACCGCUGAGGCUCGCUUUUCUCUCCUCUUUCUCCUCUCUGUCGCCCCCUGUCUGUCUGCGGCUCAGAUCUUUUUUUUUUUAUUGUUCAAAGCAUUCGUUUUUGAAUUUCGUCUCUUUUCUUUAUGGUCAGUGUAAUAUGGAGCAGCCCUGGUGUGUGGGGUUGUUUUUAAACAGGAGAGGAGAUGAUUGGGCACACACAUGCGGGAGCACAAACUGACUUGUAAAAAGCUCUCACGAGGACUCGUCGACUACUGCCUGCUUUGAUGUGAAGAUUGUUUUUGUUUGGGAUUUUUUUUUGUAAAGGUGAUUGAAACUGCGUUAUAUUCUACAGUGUGAUCUUGAUUAUAUUUUAGAAUGUAAUGUGUUUAAUAGCUGCUAACUGGCUUAGAGGAUAGCCGGCCUGAAGAAAAUUGAUAGUCUACUGGAAUAGUGUUGUUCUUUGAACAAUAUUAGCAAUGAUUCUCAUGGUUGAUCAUGUCAAUGGAAAUCAUUUAAGGUGAAAGUGCCAGGUGACUUGAUGUAAAUAGUUGACAGAGGACAUUUAGCUGGAUGACACCCCAGACUUCUCAUCAUGAUCUGUGGGCAUUACCCCCCCCCCCAAUCUACACACACACACAGACACUGUUGUUGAGCAGCAGUAUGUACACAAAGAUACUUUUUAACAUCGCUUAAGCAGCUUUUAUUGAUUCUGUCCCUUUUGAUUUAAUGUAUAGGGUCGAUUUCAGGAGAGGACAGGAUAAAUGGAGUGCAUUUGGUUGGAAUAGGCAACAGCAAUAUGAGGUCAGAUAUGCUAUACUGUUGGAAAGUGAAAGAUAUCUCUAAAAUAUAAUGAAAUGUGUUGAAUUAGGGCUUUUGUACAUUCUUACCCUUUGUAAAUACACCCAGACGACAGAUAUUUUAUUUAUUAACUUAUUGAACAUUAUUUAUGCAUAUUUGGA